AUGCCUGAGGAGCGGAAUUUGUUCGGCAAACAGCUCACAAUCAGUUCAAUGGGCGAUUCGGCUAAACAUGACAAUGAAAUGGAACUUCCUGGAAAUAGUGUAGAGUUUUUUAUCGGAGAAUCCGAACACAGACGAGAAAUGCCAGCCAGAUUACAGGAAAGACUGACCAAUAGACCUGUUUCAACCAAAAGCCCUGAAGAAAAGAGACGAGAACAAGAGCAGCGAAAAAAGUCUCAUUCACCGCUAACUGGCAUGCCUGAGGAGCGGAAUUUGUUCGGCAAACAGCUCACAAUCAGUUCAAUGGGCGAUUCGGCUAAACAUGACAAUGAAAUGGAACUUCCUGGAAAUAGUGUAGAGUUUUUUAUCGGAGAAUCCGAACACAGACGAGAAAUGCCAGCCAGAUUACAGGAAAGACUGACCAAUAGACCUGUUUCAACCAAAAGCCCUGAAGAAAAGAGACGAGAACAAGAGCAGCGAAAAAAGGAAUUAGAUGAUCAGAAACAGCAGAAACUUCGGGAACAUCAUGAAAAGGUUGAGAGACUAUCGUCUCAGAAGAGGGAAAAGAAAAGGCUCCAAGAUGAACGACUGGCUAGAGAUCAGCUGAACGACUACGAAUCUAACCUAAAAGACCCCACUGUAACCCAACAGCGAGAGAACGUUGACCAACCAAGAACGCAGGGGUAAUGGUUUCAUCAGUGAGAAAUGGGUUCUUCAAAAAUUACCCACUCCAUUAAUUUCUUCGUGUACUCUUUCUUCGCCAGUGUUUUUUUGCAUAUUUCUCACAUUUAAGUUGAUUAUAAUUUGUUUUCAUAGUUUCGG